AUGCCGCCAAUACCGUUCUCACGCCUCCUUGAUGUCGAGGGGUUAAACAUCACCGUCAAAACCGCCGAUAAGGCGGCCGGUACUGCUCCUGCGGGAAAGGCCAAGGGCAAAUCCAAGCUGAAAGGCGAGGGGACCGAGGUACUUUCCGACGCGAAGCUAAAGUUGCAAGCUGGCCAGAGAUACGCUCUGCUCGGUAGGAAUGGCUCGGGAAAGUCAACCCUCCUCAAGGCCAUCGCCGAGAAGCUUAUACCCGGGAUUCCGGAACAAACUCGCAUCUCCAUCCUCCAGCAGACCCGUGCCGAUGACGCCAACACCGAUAUGCCUCCAGGCGAAGGAGCCCACGAAAAGUCUAGUUCUGCCGCAACUGGCCGUACUGUCCUAGAAGAAGUCAUCGAGAGAGCUACGGCUAAACAUGACGUCGAACAAGAAAUCAGAGCUAGGAAGCUGAAGCACGAGCGUCUUCUCAAGAGGCUGUUUCUUCUCGACAAGGACGCGCGACUGAGAAGCGGCGCACGAGGACUUCAGGCGAGAAAGGCCCUCAUUGCUGGGGAAAAGGCCGUCGCCGAGUCCACUGAGCUAUUAGAACAAGCAGAAGAAGCUAUUGGUGCAGAUUCCCUUCAGACGGAAACCCAAGAAGCUAUCGAUAUGCUUGCCGAACUUCAGCUCCAGGUGGAGCCAACCCGCCUCACCGAGGUCGAGGCCAAGGCCAGAAAGAUCCUGACCGGCUUGGGGUUCACCGAGGCUUACAUGGCCAAGCCUGAUACGGACAUACUCAUCCUCGACGAGCCCACCAACUUCUUGGACUUGCUUGGAAUCAUCUGGCUCCAACGUUACCUGCAGUCACUACAGGACACACCCGAGCCGCCGACCCUGAUCCUCGUGUCCCACGACAGGGACUUCAUCUCACUAUGCACAGACCUGAUGAUCCUCAAGGAUAAGCAAAUCACCUACUUCCACGGCGACCUUCCGAGCUAUGAAUCUGCGCAGGCAGACCGAAAGCUUUGGCUGACCAAGAUGAAGGAGGCGCAAAACCGCCAGCGUGCCCACAUGCAAAAAUCCAUCACGAACAACAUCAAGGCGGGCAAGGCGAAUGAUGACGAGAACAAGCUGCGCCAGGCCAAGUCACGGCAGAAGCGUCUCGACGACCGCAUGGGUCUCAACGUGAGCGCCCGCGGUGGCAGAUUUAAGCUGAAUCGGGACCUCGAGGGCUACCACUACAGCGCUCGUGACGAGAUCGAGGUGCCCCAGGACGAACGCGGAAUCACCAUUGUGCUCCCAGAACCUACCGACCUGCGCUUCCCCGGCGCGCUCAUCUCGCUCGAAAAUGCGAGCUUCCGGUACGGUCCAGCAUCCCGUACCAAGCCACAGCCGCACGUCUUGGAAAACAUUACGCUUUCCGUCGGCAUGGGGGACCGUAUUGGGAUACUCGGUCUCAAUGGUGCCGGUAAGUCCACGUUGGUCAAACUACUCGUCAGUGAGACAAACCCGUCAAAGGGCGCCGUGAAUACGCAUCCGCGCCUCAAGCUGGGAUACUAUUCUCAACAUGCAGUCGAAGAGCUGCAGGCUCGGGGCCGAGGUGACCCAUCUUUGACCGCUCUCACCCUCCUCUCCAAGGAGGUCGAGGGCGAGCUGGAUGAGGGUCAAGUGCGCGGGCUUCUAGGCUCCCUUGGCUUGCCCGGUCGCCUAUCGUCAGACGUACCCGUCGCGAAGCUUUCAGGUGGACAACUAGUCCGCCUCCAGCUGUCUCGCUUGCUCUGGAAACACCCGCACUGUCUCAUCCUCGAUGAGGUGACGACUCACCUCGACUACGAGACUGUCACCGCUCUGCGCGAAGCUCUACGUUACUGGGAAGGGGCUGUAGUGUUGGUGAGCCACGACAGGUGGUUCAUGCGGGGCGCAGUGGAAAACGUAGUAGAAGAUGAAGGGGACGACGGGAGUGACGCGGAGGAGGAGGACGAAGAGGAGCAGAAACGCCGGCGCGUGGUGUACCGACUCAAGGCUAGGGAGCUUGUCGUCCUGAAGAACGGUGUCACGCAGUUCGAGGAGACUUUGGAGAAGCGUGUGAAGAAACUGCUCGCGUAG